AUGGAUUCUGCUGUUGAAACCAUUUCAUAUGAACAAGUCGCAGCAAUUGCUGACUUGAUGAAACAGAAAUUGGAAGCUGAACCAACCUUAGGGAUCAUCUGUGGUUCUGGUCUUGGAGGACUAGCUGAUAUGGUCACAGAUAAAAUUUGUUUUCCUUAUUCUGAGCUUCCAGAAUUUCCCAUCAGUACUGUUGCUGGACAUGUUGGUCAGUUUGUAGUGGGUACGUUAGGAAAUAAAUAUGUUAUUAUUAUGCAAGGCCGCCUCCAUUCCUACGAAGGAUAUUCCAUGGCAAAGGCCACCUUGCCAGUUCGAGUGAUGAAAUUAUUGGGAGUAAAAGCCUUAAUUGUCACCAAUGCAGCUGGAGGACUCAACCAAGAUUUCAAUGUGGGAGAUUUCAUGAUUAUUAAGGACCAAUUGAAUUUUCCAGGGUUUGUAGGAAUAAACCCAUUGAAAGGACCAAAUGAUGAACGGUUUGGGCCAAGAUUUCCCCCCCUGUCAAAGGCAUAUAACAGAGAAUACCGAAAAUUGGCUAAAGCUGUUGCUGAAGAACUUGGCUACAAUAAAUAUUUGAGGGAAGGUGUUUAUUGUUCUCUUGGAGGACCUUGUUAUGAAACUGUUACUGAGUGCCGUUUCCUGAGAAAUGCUGGUGCUGAUGCUGUUGGCAUGAGUACCUGUCCUGAAGUAAUUGUUGCUUGUCAUGCUUCUAUGCAAAUCCUUGGAUUAUCAUUGAUCACCAAUAAGUGUAUUUUGGAAUAUGAUUCUGACCUGCAAGCCAAUCAUGAGGAAGUCUUGGAGACGAACAAGCUACCUGACAUUUUAGAAACUGUGUUUUCGGACCGUUGGUGGUGGAGAGAGAGAGAGGGUUUAGCGGUAGGAUAUAGCUGUUUCGCGAAUGCAAGGGAAGGGUGGAGAUCGGAUCGGUCAGAGGUCCACGUGUCCGUAAAUGUCGACCUGAAGCCGAUCGCAAUCAGUGGCUUGUCAUUGAGCAUUGACACUAAUGCCCCGCAAUGUACACAUUUCAUGCGAAUGGCUCGGGCCCCGACCAACACGCCUCGCUUUCCGCCACUUUCCCUUCCCGUCUUCCGCAUCACCUUGACACACGGGGGACGCUAUCUAUCUAUCUAUCUAUCUAUCUAUCUCAUUCAAUUCAUUAUCUAUCUAUCUAUCUAUCUAUCUAUCUAUCUAUCUAUCAGCUUGUUCAUAUAUAUCUAUCUCUCUAUCCAUAUCUAUUUCGUUCAAAACACUCGGCCACUCGACGUAUUUUCACCUGUGCUUUUGACGGUCUGCAUCUAUCUAUCUAUCUAUCUAUCUAUCUAUCUUAUGACUCAGUGGGUUUAUCUAUCUAUCUAUCUAUCUAUCUAUCUAUCUAUCUAUCUAUCUAUCUUUUAUGCUUAUCUAUCUAUCUAUCUAUCUAUCUUAGUUUCUAAGUUCGAUUUUCUGUCUAUCAAAGUGUCUCAGUGGAUCUAUCUAUCUAUCUAUCUAUCUAUCUAUCUAUCUAUCUAUCUAUCUAUCUUAGUUUCUCAUAUGCUUAUCUAUCUAUCUAUCUAUCUAUCUAUCUAUCUAUCUAUCUUAUUCGAUUAUCUAUCUAAUCUAUCAAAGUAUCUCAUGGAUCUAUCUAUCUAUCUAUCUUAUUAUCUAUCGAUUAUCUAUCUAAUUAUCUAUCUAUCUAUCUAUCUUAGUUUCUCAGUUCGAUUAUCUAUGUCUGCACAUUAUCUAUCUAUCUAUCUAUCUAUCUAUCUAUCUAUCUAUCUAUCUAUGGGUUCCCAGAAUGCGUAUCAAUUUAUCUAUCGUUGUGUCUCAGUAUGUAUAUCAUAUCUAUCUAUCUAUCUAUCUAUCUAUCUAUCUAUCUAUCUAUCUAUCUAUCUUAUUCUGUUCAAAUCUAUCUCUGUGUUUGUUCAUAUCUAUCUAUCUAUCUAUCUAUCUAUCUAUCUAUCUAUCUAUCUAUCUAUCUAUCUAUCUAUCUUCUUGCUUCACCCUCCCCCACCGUCUAUCUCUCUCUCAAUCCCCUUUUCUCCCAGCUCGUAUCUCCUCCACUCCCUAUCUCCCCUUUUUAUAUCUAUCUUUCCUCUAUGCAUUCCCUCCUCAACAUCUCUAUCUUACACUACCUAUCUCCCUCUCCUCUAUCUAAUUUCUCCCCAUCCCCUCUCUCUAUAUAUAAUGAAGACAAGAUCAUAA